AUGUCGUACCCGGGCCAAAUGCCCACGGGCAACCCGGUUACAGCAGCCAGCAGUAUCAGUAUCCGAACGGCCAGCAACAGGCCCCGCAACAGGCAUAUGUGCAGCAACACCAACAACAAGCGCCACCACUGCAUGGCCACGUUCAACAGCAGCAACAUGGGCUGCAGGUGCCACAGUACCAGCAGUACCAACAAUAUACACAGCAACAGCCUCAGCACCACCAGCGGCCUCAGCACCAUCAGCAGCACCAUCAGCAGCCACAGCAGCAGCAGCAGUUCCAGGGCUAUCAGCAUCAUGGACAAAUGCCCCAAGGCCACUAUGCCCACCUCUCUACACCCGCGCCGUCGAUGA